UGGGACGGGCUUAUCAGGGGUAGAAAGUGAAGAUCGAGGGCGAAAAAGCAGAGCUGUUCCGUGUUUUCUGCAGAAGGCGAGAGUCCAUUGUACUCUAUUACUCGUCGAGAGGGACAUGUUCAUGUUAUUCUUAUAACAAACACCCCAAAUGCACUGUUUUGAUUACAAGUGACAUCUAAUCCUUAAAAGAGCGAGCACCACCUAUAGGAGAUCGAAAGUGGCUUUUUCAUGGCUCUGUAAACGGAUGCAACAAUAUGCGGAUGGUUUUUACAGCAUCUGGUACAAAAUCUCUGUUCACAUGCGGCAUUUUAAAAGGGAUAGAUAGACAGGAGAUGCCAAACGUCGAGUCACUGGAGAAUGAAAACCUACAUUGAAAGAUCACGUUCAUCUUUGGCCAUCACCACAUGUUAAAUGGAUACAGAAUGGGUAAAUAAUGACGCUUAUUAUUUUCAGUCAUUCGAUCAUUUAAGUGGGUAUGAAAAUAGCAGUCCUCUAGCACCUUUUCAAAAUAGAAAUGUAGCCACACGAUUUAACCCUGAAAUCACAGGCAACAAACUCAUCAAUAUGUGUAAUGAGGGCAAGAAAUAUGUAAAUAUGAUGUCCUUAUACUGUAGGCUUGAAAACUGGGUUGCUAAAUAAUACGGCAAAAAAAGACUGUUAAGUAUUUUAAAUGGAUAGUCUUGAUGGUGUCAUUUUGGACAUCCAUUUUACAAGUUCUAUCGUUUUUCUCUUUUUCAUAGAGCGCAACAUGUAGCCGAUUUCCUGUGUGCACUGUAAAAUCAGAAGUCCCGCAUAGUGCUCCGGGGUUAUUAUCAACUGAGGACAGAGGCGCAGUUUUCUCAAGCUAAAUAUUGGAAGGGAACGACAGACAUUGCUCUCGGUAUCAGUCUGUCAACUGCAAAGAAGAAACAAAUCUAGGCCUCUUUUGCACAACUUGCACAGGCUGUCCAUAUUUCCCAGUAAUUUUCUUAAAAAUCCCUGUUUUUCCCAACGUGGAUUGCUAGUCAGGCGUUAUCUCAGGUGGAGGGGCCACAAUUCAUGAUCAAACAGCAUCCCAUAUUCUUCACUUCUUUUGAGUUUUCACCAUGGAAACCCCAUGUGAACAUUGGUGACGACCUUGAUACAAUGAAUAUGGAGAGAAGGGUGGCAAUGUAAACAAAGUUUUGUAUUCGAAAAGAAACAAAGCUAUAUUAUCACCCCCACUUUAUUCUUAGCGAAUUUUCCAUGGGCUCACUUGAGGAAAAUUAACAUGGUCCAGGAGACCCUUUAAAUCUCCUUUUGCCUUAGGCCUACAUUUGGAGAACAUUGGAUUGGUGAAUCAACUGACACUGUCAGAGGCGUGUAACAAAUAUGUGAGCAAAGCUAUUCCAAAGUGCAGAUCCUGACAAUCAAGACACUACGUGGGAUUUAAAGGACAUUUGUGACACCUCAUGGCAAAGGGUUCAGUUUUACACACAGGAGAAUAAAAGGGAACCCAAUGAGAGAGCACGAUGUAGGCCUACGCUUGAACCUUACAACAGUAUUUUGAAGAAUUUUACACCUCCUGCAGAACUACAAACAGAUUUCCACUUUUUUACGACGAGGUCACAGGAAGAAGAAUACAAAACGUAGUCAUUAUUCAUGAUGCCUCGCAACAGGGCCUUCUCAGAGCCGGAGUACUCAGCAGAGUAUUCGGCGGACUGCUCUGUGACCCUACCAUCGGACCCAGGCCAUGCCGUGGGGCGCACGCACGAGGUAACAGUUCGCAGCCAAGGGUGCUGCCUCUGCCUCCCACGCUUCAUGCGUCUCACCUUUGCACCCGACUCUCUGGAGAACCUCUAUCAGACCUAUUUCCGGCGGCAGCGACACGAAACCCUGCUGGUUCUGGUUGUGUUUGCUGCCCUGUUUGACAGCUACAUCAUUGUCAUGUGCGCUGUGGUCUACACAGGCGAAAAGCUGGCCUCUGUGGUGGUGGCAUCAGUGGGCCUGGCAUCAGACAUCCUACUCUAUGUGUUGUGCCGCUACGGCCUGCUACCCGACCGCAUCUCGCGACGUGUGGUGCCCUACGCCCUGUGGGUGCUCAUAGCGGCCCAGAUCUUCUGCUACCUGGGCCUGAACUAUGCCCGCUUCCACCAGGCCAGUGACACAGUGGGCUGGCAGGCAUUCUUUAGCUUCUCCUUCUUCCUGACACUGCCCUUGCGGCUCACGCCCAUUGUGCUGAUCACAUCCGUGUCGUGCGGGGUCCACACCCUAGUGCUGGGGGUCACCAUUGCUCAGCAGCAGCAGGAGGAUAUCCAGGGGGCUGCCCUCGGGAGACAGCUGCUGGCCAACAUAGUGAUCUAUGUGUGUGCCAUCACUGUGGGCGUCAUGUCCUACUACAUGGCAGACCGGAAACACCGCAAGGCCUUCCUGGAAGCACGGCAGUCCCUGGAGGUCAAACUCAAUCUGGAGGAACAGAGCCAGCAACAGGAGCGUCUCUUGCUGUCCAUCCUGCCCAAGCAUAUAGCAGACGAGAUGUUACAGGACAUGAAGAAGAAAGAAGCCAGUCAGACUGGACAGAAGGAGAUGCAGCAGUUCAACACCAUGUACAUGUAUCGCCACGAAAACGUCAGUAUUUUGUUUGCAGACAUUGUGGGAUUCACUCAGCUAUCAUCAUCAUGCAGUGCCCAUGAGCUGGUCAAGCUCCUCAAUGAACUGUUUGCCCGCUUUGACAAGCUGGCUGCCAAAUACCACCAGUUGAGAAUAAAGAUCCUGGGCGACUGUUACUACUGCAUCUGUGGCCUGCCAGACUACAGAGAGGACCACGCUGCCUGCUCCAUCAUGAUGGGCCUGGCCAUGGUGGAGGCCAUUUCGUAUGUUCGUGAGAAGACCGGGACAGAUGUGGACAUGCGUGUGGGGGUACACACUGGCACUGUCCUGGGGGGCGUCCUGGGACAGAAGCGGUGGCAGUAUGACGUCUGGUCCACUGACGUCACCGUGGCCAAUAAGAUGGAGGCGGGAGGAAUACCGGGGCGUGUGCACAUCUCCCAAGCCACAAUGGAGUGUCUGCACGGGGAGUUUGAUAUGGAGCCGGGGAACGGGGGCGACCGCUGUGAGUACCUGAAGGAGAGGGGCAUCGACUCCUACCUGGUGGUGGUGCCCAAGGGCCCCCUGGGAAAGAACGGCAUCAACGGGGUGAAGUUGUCUGUGAUGUCAUCCAAUGGGAACUCUCCAUUGUUGAUCAACACCACUGAGUGUAAUGGAAGUGUCCACACAACCUGCACCACACCAGACGAGCCAGAGGAGCUGGACACACGGGUGGUGAACCCUUCGUUCCCCAACCCUCGGCGGAGGCUAAGACUGCGGGACCUGGCCGAGAGGGUGAUUGAUGCCCAAGAGAACGAACAGGAGCUCAACAAACUGCUCAAUGAGGCACUGCUGGAGAGAGAGACCGUACAAGCUUUGAAGGGAAAACGCACCAACCGCCUGUCCCUGCGCUUUGUGGACCCUGAGCUGGAGACCCGCUACUCUGUAGAAAAGGAGAAGCAGAGCGGAGCUGCCUUCAGCUGCUCCUGUGUAGUGCUCCUGUUCACGGCAGCCAUGGAGGUCCUCAUAGACCCUCGGAUGAUAGCAAACUACGUGACCCUAGCUGUGGGAGAGGUCCUGCUGCUCGUCCUAACUGUCUGCUCUCUGGCGGCCAUCUUCCCUCGAGUUUUCCCUAAGAGGCUAGUGUCUUUCUCCACAUGGAUCGACCACACCCGCUGGGCACGGAACACUUGGGCCAUGGCAGCAAUCUUCAUCCUCACCAUGGCCGACAUUGUGGACAUGCUGAGCUGUCCCCGUCCCUCAGGAAACGCCACAAUUGCCCCUCCUUCCUCUGUUGUCCAAUCCGGGGCAGAGGGCUGUCUGGACAACCCCAAGUACUACAGCUACAUCGCUGUGCUGGCACUCAUGGCGACCACCAUGCUGGUGCAGGUCAGCCACAUGGUCAAGGUCACACUCAUGCUCCUCAUCACCAUAGCGACGGGCAUCGUCAACAUCUACAGCUGGAGGGACAUAUUUGACCGCUACGAUAUGGCCCGCUUCCAGGACUACAGGUCUUACCUGGUUCCUUCCAAAUAUGCCAUGACUGUGAUGAUCUUCAUCAUGAUGAUCAGCUUCUACUACUUUUCUCGACAUGUGGAGAAGCUAGCCCGUACUCUGUUCUUGUGGAAGAUUGAGGUCCAUGAGCAGAAGGAGAAGGUGUAUGAGAUGAGGCGCUGGAACGAAGCGCUGGUCACUAACAUGCUGCCAGAGCACGUAGCACGCCACUUCCUGGGCUCCAAGAAAAGGGAUGAGGAGCUGUACAGCCAGUCAUAUGAUGAGAUUGGGGUGAUGUUCGCCUCCAUCCCCAACUUCUCGGACUUCUACACAGAGGAGAGCAUCAACAACGGGGGGAUUGAGUGCCUCAGGUUCCUAAACGAAAUCAUCUCCGAUUUUGACAGUCUCCUGGACGAGUCUCAGUUCCGCUGCAUCACCAAAAUCAAAACCAUUGGCAGCACCUACAUGGCAGCAUCAGGUGUCACUCCCAACGUCAGCAACGGCUACGCCUGUCUGAAGAAAGAGGAGCUGACUGACAGAGAACGCUGGCAGCAUUUGGCAGAUCUGGCUGACUUUGCUCUGGCCAUGAAGGUCACGCUCAUGAACAUCAACUACCAGUCCUUCAACAACUUUAUGCUACGCAUAGGUUUGAAUAAAGGGGGGGUGCUGGCAGGUGUGAUUGGCGCCCGGAAGCCUCACUAUGACAUCUGGGGCAACACUGUGAAUGUGGCCAGUCGCAUGGAGUCCACAGGGGUCAUGGGUAACAUCCAGGUGGUGGAAGAUUGCUACCACAUCUUGAAGGAGUACGGAUUCCGUUUUGUGAGGAGGGGACCCAUCUUUGUGAAGGGGAAAGGAGAGCUGCUUACCUACUUUCUGAAGGGUAGAGAAAAACAGGGAUCCUUCAUCAACGGCUCCUCGGUCACCCUGCCACACCAAGUGGUGGACAACUCCUGACCUGCGUGUCAACGCUCACAGAAACACAAACACACACACAUAAUCAGAAAUAUACAUUCUAAGGUAUAAGUGAGAUCUGAAUUAAUGCUUAUACCAACACUCCAUCUUUCAGAAUUGCAAAGUAUGUAAGAGGAUAUGAACAUCUUGCAAAGAGAGAAGAUUUGUCCCGCCUCCCCACCCUGCCUGUUCAAAUACUUUUUUUGCAAUACUACAAAGCUUUUCAAAAUAGUGCUCAGCUACUUGCACUACAGACUUAUGAACACAUAUCACGCUACUGUAUAGUCACACAUAUUUACACACAUUCUUAGACAAACACUCUUUAGACACACAUCGUCUGACAAACACACAUUCAUGUAUUCACUACAAUGCCAUCACUCAAGCCAGAUGCAGCCAGGCUGUGACUAAAUGCCUCAUUUUGAAUACUUUCCCCCUUUUACAAAAUACUUUAUAUUUGGAAAAUAAUGGAUUUCAUUGUGUUUGUUACAGUAUCUCCAAACUGCUUGGAGAUGAAGAUGACCUGAGAUAAGAUGGUAGUGUUUGAAGGUUAAUGCAGAGUGUAUGUGUGUGCGCUGAAUCAGCUUGCAGUGAAAGUUUUCUUUCUCACGUUUUUUCCGAUCCGGAAUCAAGUAAUGUUACCAUGCCCUCUUUCUGUUUGCUAUGAAUUUGGAACACAUGCCUUCUCAGUUCUCUGCUCUUCCCCCCUGGGCUUACAUUGGCACAUUUCACUUCUUUACGGCAUCUGAGGCUAUUCUGACAGUGGGUACAGGUGUGAGUCCUCAGGUGUGAAUUUGGAGACAGGUUGAAUGUUUUUGUGUUUUUGGGAGGCAUUGCAGGUGUGUGCAUGCAUGUUGUAAAGCAAGAGUGAUUCAUGGUAUUUUAGAGUUUGUGGUCACCAGGUCUUUGUGAGUAGCUGACACCUGUGGCCAUUAUGGGUAUUCUGGUGGGUAGAAAUGCAGUGCCCUGAAAAUGUAUUUGCCCCUUUUCGGAUUUUCUCUAUUUUUACAUGUUUUUGAUACUGAAUUAGCAGAUCUUCAACCAGAAUCUAAUAUUAGAUAAAGGGAACAUCAGUUUACAAAUAACAAAAAAAAUGCAUACUUAUUUUAUUUAUUUAAAUAACAAAGUUAUGCAACUGUGUGAAAAAUGAAUUGCACCCUUACACUCAAUAACUGGUUGUGCCACCUUUAGCUGCAAUGACUACAACCAAAUGCUUCCUCUAGUUGUUGAUCAGUCUCUCACAUGGCUGUGGAAGAAUUUUCACCCACUCUUGCAUAUAGAACUGCUUUAACUCAGCGAUAUUUUGGUAUUUUCAAGCAUGAACUGCUUUUGUCAAGUCCUGCCACAACAUCUCAAUUGGGAUUAGGUCUGGACUUUGACUAGGCUAUUCCAAAACUUAAAUUUUGUUGCUUUUUAGCCAUUUUCAAGUAGACUGGACUGUUUUGGAUUAGAUUUGACUUGGCCUAGUCAAAGUCCAGACCUAAUCCCAAUUGAAAUGUGGCAGGACUUUAAAUGAGCAGUUCAUGCUUGAAAACCCACAAAUGUCGCUGAGUUAAAGCAGUUCUGCAUGGAAGAGUGGGCCAAAAUUCCUCCACAGCGAUGUGAGAGAUUGAUCAACAACUCCAGGAAGCGUUUGGUUGGAGUCAUUGAAGCUAAAGGUGGCACAAGCAGUUAUUGAGUGUGAGGGGGGAAUUACUUUUUCACACGGGCAUUGGGUGUUGCAUAACUUUGUUUAUGAAAUAAGUAUGUAAUUGUUGUGUUAUUUGUUCACUCAGGUUCCCAUUAUCUAAUAUUAGGAUUUGGUUGAAGAUCUGAUAACAUUCAGUAUAAAAAAUAUGCAUAAGUAGAGAAUUAAAAAGGGGCAAAUACUUUUUCACAGCACUGUAUGUUUGUUUGUUUGACUGUAUGUAAGGUGGAUAUGUGAACAGUAUUGCAGAUGCGGGUGAGUUUCCUUUGCUCGUAUUGUAUCCCCAUCAGUGUCUUUUGUCCGAAAUUGGAUGAAAGCGCAAUAGUUUAUUCUUCUACAACCCUCUGUCUUCACUUGCCCCUUACACAAAUUAAAACAUUGCUGGCCCUUUAAUUAAUAUUUUUAUAACUAAGUUUCAUUCAUGCUGAGAUUCUAUUUAAAGUGAAGGGAUAAAGGACUAACGAGUCUGAGUUGUACAUACAGUUUACUGUUCAUUAAAUUAAUUUAUUGCAGAUGUCAGGGACAGAUUUCCUUUUUUAAACCAAUGUAAAAGUGCCAAUGUUGAAGGAAUGGCUUUGGUCCCUGAAUAUGUGGCCAAAAUGCAGGUCUUUGCUGUUUCUCUAUUUGUAUUUUAAAGAACCUCAGGCUUGGGAAUAAAAUGGCACUUUGAAUGGUCUGUAAACUAUCUGGGUUUGAGUUUAAAGAUAAGUUAAUAAUGUAUUUCAUUUAAAUUAUUUGUCAUUUUCAAGUGUAUUGAUUAAAAAAAGAAUUUAAA